GGAGACGAGCAGGAGAUGCUGAAGAGGACAGAACACACCAAAACAGGAUCAUAUAGAUGGAUGUUAUUUCAUCAAGUAGGCAACCUGAAGGCAACCCAUGCAAAGGAUAAACCACUUAUGGACGCAGUGGAUUAAAGAUCUGCAGACAGACUGAGAGAGAGGGAACAGAGGAGAAGAAAUUAAUCAAUUCAGUUGUUUAUUUUCGUUGUCUGUGUGUGUGCGCACCGGCAGUCAGAAAGUGUGUGCGUGUGUGUGCCUUUGUGUAGUGUGUUGGUGCAUAAGGCAGGAGACUGCAUUGCUGCUAUCCAGCAAGACAGGACAGACAAAAAAAGAAGGCAGCCUAGCAGAUUACCUUUUCUGUUUUCCCCCAUUCUUUCGUCUCUGCCUCUGUCUAUGCUUGUGUGUGUUCCUUUGCUUCCUUCACCCGGCGCUGUGUGUGUGUGUGUGUGUGUGUGUGUGUGUGUGUGACUGGGGGGGGGCUGAGAAUAAGAAGAGGAUGGUGAACCCUGAAGUGAGCUACAGAUUCUGAGUCUGACUUUAAAUGGUCUUUUUUUUUUGUCUGAUCAUUAGCAGCGGUCUCGGAGAAAUAACAAUUGAUGAGGAGGAGAGUCUUUCUCUUUCUUUCUUUUUUCUCCAUCACUCAACAUGUCACUGCUCCAGUUUGGGCCUUGGUGCUGAUCAGUGAGCCAAAGGGUGGCUUCUAUGCCAGAGGGUUGGAGGUUUGAAAGGCUGCCAUCGGGGGAGACUUCUCAGCUCUACACUCCAGAGAGGUGUAGGCAUCAUCAGGUAGGAGGCGGCUGAACGCGGGGGACUGAGUGGAAAGCAGGAGAGGAGUAGGAGGAAGAGUUGUGUGUCGUAGGCUGUGUAGGCUGACCAUGGCAGGCUGGUGGAGCUGCCUGAUGGUUUAAACUCCUGCUGAGAGAGGAUAAUGGCAGCUCUGGGCCCACUCUCCUCCUCUCUCACCUGCAUCUGCCAUGGAGAAGCAGGAAAGUGCUAGCCGAUGCUACAAAGAGCCCACCAAGAGGAUGGAGUGAACAGCAUCACCCUUUCCCACCACGCCGGGAGACCCCUGACACCCUGUGAGGGGCCAAGUUUUGUUGUUCAGCUUGUUUCUCCUUCCUCUUCCCCAAACCAGCUGAAAACAAGGGGUGCUUGAUUUGUGUGGGAGUUCUCUCCUUCUUCCUCCCACUCUCUCCUCCUCACCCCUGACCUCACCUACCUCCAAACUCCGCUCCAUGGAUUGGUUCUAGCACCAACCUGUCCUUCUUUUUCCUCCCUUUUUUUUCUUUUUCUUUUCUUUUUCUUUUUGUCGAGGCUUCAGGGGAAUUGCCAAGACCUGUUUCAUGCAUGUCCACUGGCGGCAGGUUCAACUUUGACGAUGGGGGGUCAUACUGCGGAGGGUGGGAGGAGGGCAAGGCGCACGGCCAUGGGAUCUGCACGGGACCCAAGGGACAGGGCGAGUAUUGCGGGUCCUGGGCCCAUGGCUUUGAGCUGCUGGGUGUCUACACUUGGCCCAGCGGGAACACCUACCAGGGCACCUGGGCUCAGGGCAAGAGACACGGUGUGGGCGUCGAGAAUAAAGGCCGCUGGGUGUACAAGGGCGAGUGGACGCAUGGCUUUAAGGGACGCUACGGUCUGCGGGAGAGCACAGGGACAAGCGGGAAGUACGAGGGGACAUGGAACAACGGGCUGCAGGACGGAUAUGGAACAGAGACGUACUCAGAUGGAGGGACAUUUCAGGGCCAGUGGGUUGGCGGAAUGCGACAUGGCUACGGAGUUCGUCAAAGUGUCCCGUACGGCAUGGCGGCCGUCAUCCGCUCUCCGCUCCGUACCUCCAUAAACUCUCUACGCUCCGGUUCGGAGCACAGCAAUGGUACAGCUCUGCUGGACCGGACCGGGGCGGUGGUUCCUGGUCCUUCUCCUGUUCCUGGCACUCUGACCACCAGCGUCUCCAUGUGCAGUACAGGCAGCAGUGGCAGCAGCCCCGCUGUGUCUCGUGGAGGUUUUGUGCUGACGGCACAUAGCGAGGCUGAGCUACUGAAGGGGAAGAGAAAAGGCGGGCUGUUCCGGAGGUCAAUCCUGUCUGGGCUCAAGCUGAGGAAGUCUGAGUCCAGGAGCUCUCUGGCCUCCCAGAGGUCUAAACAGAGCUCAUUCAGGAGCGAGGCUGGAAUGAGUACUGUGUCCUCUGCUGCUUCUGAUAUCAACUCUACUAUCAGUCUCGGAGAUGCAGAUGCAGAGUUGGCGGUCGCUGACGACGAUGUGGACGCCACGGCAACAGAGACAUACUGCGGGGAGUGGAAGAACGACAAGCGGACAGGGUUCGGUGUGAGUCGACGGUCCGACGGGCUGCAGUACGAGGGGGAGUGGCUGAGCAACAAACGCCACGGCUACGGCUGCACCACGUUUCCUGAUGGCACAAAGGAGGAAGGGAAAUACAAACAGAACAUCCUAGUGAGCGGCAAAAGGAAGAACUUGAUCCCCCUCCGGGCCAGUAAGAUCAGGGAGAAGGUGGACCGAGCUGUGGAGGGAGCGCAGAAGGCAGCCGACAUCGCCCGGCAGAAGGCUGAGAUUGCUCUGUCCAGGACGGCUCAUGCACAGGGUAAAGCGGAGGCAGCGGUAGGAGCAGCUCAGAAAGCCCAGGAGGAGAGUCGCAUGGCGAGGGUCACCGCCAAGCAGUUCUCCCCGUCCUUCCAGCACCCAGGAAAUGGCAUGGAGGUGCAGCGUCCCAAACGUCAGGUGUCCAGCGAGGUGGAGGGAGAGGGGCUGUCGAGUAGCGCCGGCACCGCAGACAGCCCCGACCUCUAUGUAAAGAGCACAGGCUCUGAUGAACCUUCUAACGAAGCUGCCACCCCUGACCUCAGUCCUCCUUCCUCCUCACCGCCCCACACGCCGCCUCCCCCCGCCCGGCCGUCCCAGCGCAGCAAGAGUGCCCGCUUCCACCGGCAGACCGCCGUAGACCACGGGGAUAGGGGGAAGGAUGGAGGAGAAAGGGGUGAGAAAGGUGGGGGAGGAGGGCAGACUGAGAUCCAGGUGUUGAUGGAGGGAGGAAGCGGGGGAGGUGAAGGCGGAGGAGGACGGAAGGGGGAGUACCCACGGGCCAACAGCUGGAGCGAGGACAAGAGGAUAGGGAUGCUGUCAAAAGUAGGAGCUGGAGUCAGUGGACGAGGAGCGAGCCGGACCAAUGGACACAAACACGGCUCAUCGAAUCACAAGUCCCGGGAGCACGGAUCAUCCAAUCACAGACAGGCCAGAGGGGACAGGUGGACAGAGUCAUCCUCGUCUGCCUCUUGGAAGUCCGGGCACAGGGGCGCGCACGGCAGGGGUGGUCGGCUGCUGGAGCAGGAUGAGGAGAAAAUGAGCAAUUAUGAGAUGGAGAUGAAGCCUUUACAGCCCAGAGACUCCACUACCCACAAGCCCCAUGGGCACGUGGAGGAGAGGCACGGGCACAGUAAUGCUCAUGGAGAGGGGCACUCGCACACCGUGCAACGACAGAGGCAUAAGAACCGCGAUGGGAGGGAGGGGAGGGAAGGACGGGAGGGCAAAGAGGGGAGGGAAGGGGGUAAAGACUCAGUGCACAAGCUGGACAGACCGGGGGAAAAGAUGGAUUCACGGCCUCUACGGCGAGACCUCACCCUCUCCCCCCCUCUGAAGUCCUCCCCGAUCACACCGGAGCAGCAGGACCACAGCAUCAUGCAGAACAAAGGCAACUCGGCCUACAGCUCUAUCCUGGUUGUCAUGGUGAUUCUGCUCAACAUUGGAGUGGCUAUUUUGUUUAUCCACUUUUUUAUUUAAAGACAGCAAUGCUUUCAGAGUCAGCCUAUCUAUGCUACAACAACUAUAAAUUCAUAUGAGUAUUACGACCAAUCUGCUGCCCUUUCGUGUUCCUGGCGAGAGGACUGCAGCCCGACUGAAAGAAGACUACGACCAAGGAGGGCUCCGCCAUCAUUUGGGCUGAAGGUGUCUAACCCGGGCUAACCUCCACUAAGCUUGGUCCAGUCUUUCUGAAAGAGAUGCUGAAGUGCGUAGCCCAAAGACGGGGACAAAAGAAUGGUAAAGCAGUCCAGGUAACUGGACAACAAAGAGAUAAUAUAGUUCAGAAACUGGACUUAAAUGAGCUUCAAUAGUUCACAUAUAAACUCAAAUGGGCUGAACUGGUCUGGUCCCCAGGCCAUGCGAGCUGCAGCUGGCAUUACAGCGAGAUGUCUGCUUCCACUGCCUGCAGACAGGACUGACGAGACAGACUUUUUCAUCUUCAAAUCAUAGUUUUCAACAGAUUUGUAACUUAUAAUUUAUUUAUUAACAUGUUCUCUCAUGUACACUAUGUUGAUGGAUAUAUUCUUUCUUUUGUAACCCUCCACCCCUCUUUAUAUAACUCCUGCCUUUUGGUUCCUUCGCCUGCCCAGGUGUUGUUACUGAUGGUUCAAGCUGCGCGUUCAUGUGUGUGAGAGUCUAUGUAAGACUCAGGAGCUGACGAGUGUGUGUGUGUGUAUGUGUGUGCUGCCUGGAUGCAUGGUUGAUGGCUCCCUGACCACACACACACACACACACACACACACACACACAC